AUGGAGGCCAGCGGUGACACGGACGAGCCCCCACUGCCUCUGACACUGACCGGGUUUCAGGUCUCCGAGGAGUUUGGCUUCCUGCUUCCCAACCCUCUGACAGAGCUGCCAGCACCCUACGGGCCCUGGAUGGACAUCGCCCAUGAACUGCCCCAGCUGAUCACGAGCCAUCAGCUCCGCUCACGCGUUCACCAGAUGCCGCAGCUGAGCACCCAGCACCUCCGAGGACGUGAGGAGCUGCACUUGGCACACCUGGUGCUCAGCUUCAUCACCAUGGGCUACGUCUGGCAGGAGGGCGAGGAGGGCACCGUGCAGGUCCUGCCCCGAAAUCUCGCCGUCCCCUACUGGGAGGUCUCACAGGCCCUGGGCCUCCCGCCCAUCCUCAGCCACGCAGACUUUGUGUUGGCCAACUGGAGGAGGAAGGACCCCCAUGGGCCUCUGGAAAUUGAGAACCUGGACACGAUCAUCACUCUGCCUGGGGGAGAGAGCCUGCGGGGCUUCAUCCUUGUCACGCUGCUUGUUGAGAAGGCAGCUGUGCCUGGCAUUAAGGCAAUCAUCCUGGCCCUCGGGGCCAUCCUGCGCUGCGAUGAGGAGGCCCUGCACAGAGCCCUGGAGGAGCUGGCAGGGGCCAUCGGGGCCAUGAGUGCGGCGCUGAGGCGGAUGCACGACUAUGUGGAUCCAGAAGUAUUCUACUCUGUGAUCCGGAUCUUUCUCUCGGGCUGGAAGGACAACCCUGCCAUGCCACACGGGCUCAUCUACGAGGGGGUGUCCCCGGAGCCCCUGGCGUACUCGGGGGGCAGCGCGGCGCAGAGCACGGUGCUGCACGCCUUCGAUGAGCUCCUGGGGAUCUGCCACCGCCAGGACUGUGCUGCCUUCCUGCACAGGAUGAGGCACUACAUGCCCCCGGCGCACAGAGCCUUCGUGGAGCGGAUCCGGGGCGCCGUGUCCCUGAAGCAGCACGUGCUGUGCUCGGGGGACGCGCGGCUCCGCGCCGCCUUCAACCGCUGCGUGUCCGCGCUGGCCGCCUUCAGGUCCUGCCACAUCGCCAUUGUCACCAAGUACAUCGCCACCGCGGCGGCCAAGGCCAAGGCCCGGCGGGCACAGCCGGGUGCCGGGGCCGGCCCCUCUGCGGGGAAGCCCCCGUCUGCCCUGGAGGCCAAAGGAACCGGCGGCUCCCACAUCUUCAGCUUCCUGAAGAGCAUCAGGGACAGCACCCGGGAGGGGAUGAUAAGCGCCUGACUGCCCCGAGGGCUGCCCAAAGUGGGUGCAGGAGCCCAAGGCGCUUCGGUGUCUGUCUGCAACGCACAAGCCGAGAUCCAAAACCUCCCAUCAGCAGCGGCCUUCCCACCUGUGCACGUCUGGGACGUGAGGAACACCUCGGGGCUGCUGAGAGAGAACAGUGCUGCUGCUGCCGCUGCUGCUGCUGCUGCUGCUGCUGCUGCCGCCGCCGCCCGCAGCAGGCUCACAGCGAGCGCAGCGUCCUCCCCUGGCACCGGGCACAGCGUCCCGGGAAGAGCUGCGUCCC